GGGUGCGGAAACUCUCAACAACAAAAAGCGACAGUAAAAACAGGAACAACACAAGAGACUGGCACCGUAGAAAAUGUCGAUAUAAUUAACAUUACAGUGAAAUACAUUCAGAUUGCUGUAACCCGAGUCCAGACAUGGAAACGGUGAAACUUAUGAGGGAGCUGAUAACCAAUUUUGAACAGGAGAGGAAUUAUCUUCCGAAGGAAACAGGACUCCGCAUAAUCGAAUCGACUGGAGAGAAUGACAGCAGGGGUAUAUCAGCUAAAUGUAGGGACACCAAAGUGGAGGACCUCUGGAGCCUGACUAGUUUCUUUGGGUACAGUACACAGACUUUCGUUCUGGCUGUCAACCUGUUGGAUCGAUUCCUGGCCAUGAUGAAGGUCCAACCCAAACAUCUAGCCUGCAUCGGCGUCAGCUGCCUCCACAUCGCAGCCAAAGCAGUCGAAGAGGAGUGUAACGUGUCUUCCACCAAUGAGCUUAUUCGUAUCGGCCAGUGCAAGUUUACGGUCUCGGACCUCACUCGCAUGGAGAAGAUCAUUUCAGAGAAACUCAACUUCCAACUCAAAGCCAUCACAGCCUUAACGUUUUUGCGCCUAUACCACGGAAUCACAAGAGCCCAUACCUCAGACCUGAAGGAGACCCUGAACCUCGACACACUAGAGGUCCAGCUCAAAGCCUGUCUCUGCCGGAUCGCGUUCUCCAAAGCUAAACCGUCAGUCUUGGCCCUGUCACUACUCACUCAGGAGAUUGAAGCCAUGCAAUCUGUUGAUAUGUUAGAAAUAGCACAUCAUGUUCAGAGACAUCUCAAGAUCACUGACUUUGAGCUGCUACACUGGAAGGGACUAGUGGCCAAGUGUAUGUCCGACUACUCUUCUCCUGAAUGUAGCAAACCCAACAAUAAGAAGCUUGUCUGGAUCGUGUCGAGAAGGACAGCGCAGAACCUUCACACCAGCUACUACAGCAUCCCUGAACUGCCAACCAUUCCUGAGGACUGCUGGGAUCAGAGUGAAAGUGAAGACUCAUGUGAAGACAUGAGUUCAGGGGAGGAGAGUCUGAGCAGUUCCCUGGGCUCUGACGCGGAGGGACCUUACUUCCCUCUAAACUUCCUCUGCCAAAAACCCCACAACAAAUACCACCAUACCUCCUAGACCAAAGCCCUAUGAGGGAGCCACAGUGCCUGGGUUAAAAACACCUUUUCUAAUGUAGGGUCAUGUUCAUUUAAUUCAAAACGUAGCUAAAAGUUUUGCAACAGUUAACAAGCGGUCAUUGGGCACGUUCAGGUUUGUCCCUCCCUGUGACGGUCUAUUUUGUUCGUAGUGAAUACGAACCAGAAAAUAGCUUCUCUAUAUACCGUAGUAAAUGUUUUUGUUAGCCUUCUAUAGGGCUACCACAGUGUGGCUCAUUACAGAAAACAAAAUCAAUAUACAGCAUUUUUUAAAGCUAAAAACAAACAUACAGAAAUGUGAGAAAGUUUGCACAAUCCUGAAGACAGGCAGCUAAAUCAAAUUUUUGUAGUGUGGUGCAUGUUUGGAUUUGUCUCACAUUCCAGCCACUUUGUAUAUCUGUCCCAAAUGGCACCCUCCCAUAGUGCACUACUUUUGACCAGAGCCUUGUGUGUCCUGGUCAGAAGUAGUGCACUAGAUAGGGAAUAGGGUGCCAUUUGGGAAACAAUUCUCUGAAGCGGCUGGAUUUGUCUCGCAUUAACCUGGUAAAUGUACUUUUCCCAGUUUCUGUAUAACGAGUGUUAUUGUUGAGUCAUGUUGACUGGUGGCAAGGCUGGUUAGUUACUGUAAACGCCAAAGUCUGAUUAGUCAUUAAGAGUGAGUGUGACUAUGAUCUUGUUAAACUUUUAUGGUGCCAAUUUGUUAGCUGUAGGCUCUUUAAAUUAUUUGGAUUGUAUGUAUGUGAGGAAGAACAUAAUGUAUGAUAAGUGUCAUAAAAGAACUUGUAAAGAAAUGUUAAAAAAAAUGUAAAUUUGUAAAAUGUACAAAAAAAAUUGUGAAUAGUAACUUAUUUUUUGCCUGUGAGAAAACAUUAAAACUAUUUUGAAGUCA